UAAAUAAUGAGAUUAACUUAAAUUUUUUUAAAGUAUUUAAACCAAAAUGUAUCCAGUUGAAUUCCAGUUGGUCUUAAGUUGGUGAAUUGUUGCGAUAGCUGCCAUGACUGGAACAAACGUUUCUUUUCGUGAAAAGAACGAAAAGGUUCAAACAGAGUUCAAGUCUCGUGCAGAUUUUCAGACAGCAAUUUCUGCAACUUCCUAUGGCAAAUUCAACCUUCUCCUAUUGCUGAUAUUCAUUCCGGCUGCUACUACAAUACAAAUAGAUUCUACUCUAAUUGCUUUCAUUAUUCCAACUGCUUCAUGUGACCUCAAUCUUGAUGUAACUCAAAAAGGACUUUUGAAUUCCAUGUCAUUUUUUGGUAUGCUAUCAACAGGAUUUUUGUGGGGAUUUUUACUAGAUACUUUGGGCAGAAGGAAAAUCUUGUGGUUGGGUUGUUUGGCUCAAACGUUAAUCGUGUGGGGUCAAGGAUUUUCCACGAGUUUUUCGAUUUUGUCUGUUUUUAAGUUUUUUGGUGGUGCUGUGACUGGUGGUACCUACGUAGCUCAAGCCACAUAUUUAUUAGAGCUACAUUCAACAGAGCAUAGAGGCAAAAUUCAAAUGAUUGCCGGGAUGAUCUACGCGGGCUCUAACGUUAUAAUACCUCUUAUAUCUUCAGCUAUUUUACCUUUGAAUAUCAAAUUUGAUUUAUAUUUUUGUGAGCUUCACGCUUGGAACAUUUUGAUGCUUAUGGGCAGUGUUAGUCCAAUGUUAGCUACAAUAGCUUAUUAUUUCCUUCCCGAAUCUCCCAAGUUUUUAAUGUCGAUGGGCAGAAACGACGAGGCAUUGAAAGUUUUGAGAAAAAUUUACAGGAUCAAUACUGGUAAUAGUGGAGAAUCUUAUCCGAUCGAAUCAUUAUUAGAAGAAGUACCCGAAAAAUUGAAAUCAGAAGACAACAAAUCCUGGAAAGAAUACUUAAAGUCAGGCUGGCAACAGCUCAGCCCUUUGUUCGGAAAACAAUACAUAGGAAAACUACUACUCGUCUCCGUAGUUCAGGCCAUUUUCGGCUCAGGGAUUCAUAUUCUUAGGGCGUACUUGCCGCAAAUAUUUCAAGCUACUCACGAGUACCAAAUUGCACACAACGGUACCACCCCCAAUCUUUGCAGUAUUUUGGAUGUGCUUAGAUCGAAUUCUAGUUUUCACGGAGACGAUACUGUGUGUAUUAUUAAUGUAGAAAAUAGCUCCAGAGUUUACUUGAACUCUUUUAUCGUAGCUGUUUUUACUAUGCUUUCAUUUGUAUUGGCUGGAACUUUAAUAGGAUUCUUUAAACGAAUGACUCUAUUGACUAUUUUGGGGAUAACUGCAUGCAUUUCAAUAAAUAGCUUGUAUUUCUCACAAAACACUGCGACGACUUUAGCAAUGAGCACACUAUAUUUGAGCAGUAUGGGUAUAGGAUUUGAGAUUUUUACGACAAUAGUGGCUGUAGUGUUUCCAACAACCUUAAGAGCUAUGGCCAUAAGUGUAUGCUUAUUUAUGAUGAGGGUUUUUACAAUUGUGGGUAAUAACGUACUACCAGUAUUAGUAGAAGUUGGUUGUGUACCACCGUUUUUGAGUUUGGGUUGCGUGAUUUUAGUGGGUCUAGCGCUGUCCUGUCUGUUGCCGAGUACCGAAAAAUCAGACAUGAAGUGAAUUAUUUAUUAUAAGUGAUCAACUCAUUUCAUUCAUUGCAUCAUCUUUUAAAUAAUUUACAUUAAAUUUUGUUUGACGGCUUAAAUUAAGUCUUAUGCCAAUUAUUUGCCUAGACGCCUAAUCCUAUUGUAUUUUAACAAUAAUAGAGGGACUUUGCUUGUGGUAAUUUUUGUUUGAUUUUGGAAAUUUUGUUUUCCCUGUCCAGGUGUCUUUGUAAUUCC